AAAUCUCUCGAUUGAAAUCACGACUUGGCACCGUGACAACAUGGCGGUUACAAUAUAUAUGUUUUUAAGUUAAUGAUUUACUAAAUACGAUACGUCAUAUUUGUCCUUUCAAGUAUUUGUUUUGUACAUGAAACUAAAUUGUAGCCACGGAACUUUUAUUUGUCACGUGUUUAUACCCGAGCCCAUUUCCUGGCGGAAACCAAGUAGCAAACAUGCUAUUAGCUCCGGUUUACAGUCUGUUUAAGUGCAGUUAUUGUAUCUGGCGGUAAGUUGAUGUAGUCAUUUUAUUUUAUCCCACGGCAGGAUGCUGAAAGCGUUGCUGAGACGCAUCUUGAAGGACUGAAUGUGUGCGUUUUUGAUGCGUCAAUAAAGCGUUGUUCAAGUCCCGCACUGUGGUUCUCCAUUCAAGAUCACUGCGCUGUGAUCUAAACUCGCAACAGGAUGCCUAAUGCCAGUGCAAGGCCAAAGCAUGGCAGGAGGACCCGAAGACGCCGCAGAGAGGACCCCGCCAGGAACGAGCUGGUAUCCAGUUCCCUUGAAAGCGCCCAGCAGUGCCUCUUCAGCCAGGAUUAUGGAACCGCAUUCGUGCACUACCUCCUGGUGCUCAACCUGGCGCCGGAGUUUAAAGACUUUGCCAGGGAGUCUUUCCGGUUCACUCUCUUUAAAUGGGCGGAUGAGCUGGACUCGGUGGGACGCAUUCAGGACCUGUUCAGCUGCUACGAGCAAGCGCUGGAGCUCUUCCCCGCCGACGAGGUCAUCCUGAACAGCAUGGGUGAACAUUUAUUCAGAAUGGGCUUUCGAGAUGAAGCAGCGGGCCACUUCUUCAAAGCCCUCAAACUGAAGCCUGAUUACCCGGAAGCCAGGGAGAACUUCUACCGGGUGGCUAACUGGCUGGUAGAGCGCUGGCACUUCCUCAUGCUCAAUGACCAUGGGAGGAACCGCAAAUACCAGCAAGCCAUCCAGAAGGCUGUGCGGGGGGGCUGCAGCACAGUGCUAGACAUCGGUACCGGAACCGGAAUCCUUGGCAUGUGCGCGAAGAAGGCGGGGGCGGCCGAGGUGUACGCCUGCGAGCUCUCCAAGACUAUGUACGAGUUGGCCUGCGAUGUGGUGACUGCCAACGGGAUGGACGGCGCGAUCAAGAUCCUCCAUAUGAAGUCUCUGGAGAUGGAGGUGCCCAAGGACAUCCCCCACAGAGUGACACUGGUGGUGACGGAGACGGUGGACGCCGGAUUAUUUGGAGAAGGCAUCAUAGAGAGUCUCAUCCAUGCCUGGCACCACCUCCUGCUCCCUCCACGGACGAAAGAGACGGAAUCGAAGGAGGCAUCUGAGACCGGUCGUGUGAUCCCCGCCGGAGCCACCGUGUUCGCCAUGGCUGUGGAGUGCCUUGAGAUCCGCCGCCAUAACAAGCUUUGCGUAUCAGAAGUGGGCGGUCUCUCCAUGACCGAGGCGGAGCAUCUCCGUAGUCCAGUGAGCUGCAGCCCCGAACCGGACGACUCCAUGGAGCCUUACACCACUGAGAGACUCAGCAGACUGCCGGGAGGUUACACGGCCCUCACCGAUCCGCUCACCGUCCUCCAUAUUGAUUUCAAUGAUGUGCAGGAGCUGGAGGGGCUGACUUCGAGGCCGGUGCAGCGGGUCCGAAUCCCGGUGGUGCAGCGCGGUGAGCUGGACGCCCUGGCCGUGUGGUUCCAGCUCCACCUGGACGAGGACAGCAGUUUGUCCACGGGACCCCAGGAGGACACCUGCUGGGAGCAGGCCAUCUACCCCGAGCACUGUGCCAAGGGUUUCCUCCUAAAACCUGGAGAUGAUCUCAUCGUGGAAGUGUCCUGCAGGGACGCCUACUUGAGACUCUGCAGUGUUGCCGUACUAAGGGACGGGCAGGAGAUCCAUUUAGGCAAGUACCCAAACGCAUGGAACUCCACAAGCCUUGUCCCCAACCCUGAAUUGGACCUGUGCAGCGCUCUGGCCUUGUUACAAACGGACCAAAACCAGCACAAAGACCUCUGCAUACUGGAAUGCUCAGAAAUGGCGCUCCUGAACAAUUCCGACUACCAUCAACGCUUUGGCAGUGCUUUGUCCAAGCUAGUGGCCCGGCUCAGGAACGGAUCCCAAAGUCCGGGACUUGGCAUCCAACCCGAACCCACAGAGCUUCUCUACGUUCUGGAUGUGUCAGAGGGUUUCUCGUUGCUGUCCCUCAUGGCUGCCGGCCAAGGCCAAGUGAAAGCCUUCAGCUCCGUGGAGAAGAGCAAGCAGCAGGAUGUUCUCAAGAGGCUGGCUCGGGCCAAUAACAUCCCGGAGCAGAAUUUGGAGUUCUGGCUCAGCCACACGGAGGACGACCAAGGGGUGCUGCAACGGCCUUCCAGGGAGAAACUGUGGAGUGCCAUCAUGCUGGACUGUGUGGAGACCUGCGGCCUCGUGAGGCAGAAACUGAUGGAGAAGGCAUCUUUGGCCAGAUGCCUACUGGAGCGUGGAGGACGUGUGUUUCCACAGAAGCUGGUGGUGCACGGCAUGCUGGUGGAGUCGGACACGCUGCUCCUAGAAAGCGCCGUGCAGGGUCACGAGCCCACGCUGGGAUUCAACAUAGCCCCUUUUAUCAACCAGUUUACGGUUCCGGUCCAUGUCUUUCUGGAUUUCUCCACCUUGGCGUGCCGUCACCUCAGUGAGGCGGUGGAGCUCUUUGUACUCGACCUUAUGGACGCUAAUGCUAACUACACCAACAGAGAAGUCCAGGUUCAGGCUACGUCUCCGGGCCGAAUUACCGCCAUUCCCUUCUGGUACCACAUCUUUUUGGACGAAGACAUCAGCGUCAGCACCCUCAGUCCCAACUCCCACUGGAAGCAGGCGGCCGUCGUGCUGCAGCAGCCGCUGGAGGUUCGGGCGGGAGAGGAGGUCCGCCUGUCUGUGAAGGUCCACAACAGCACCAUAUCCAUUAUGGCGGCGGUGGUGGUGGCGUGAUGCUGCCUCAUCACGGUGGAGGUGCGGUACCUUUUGAAGUGUUUUUAAAUGGGCUGGCUUAUGACGGCUUACUUGUGUUUUAUUGUCAGUUUUAUUGUAAAAAAUAAAAGCUGUGUAAGGCAUUGGACAGGAUACAGGAUAUGACUUAUCACAAUUAGUAACACUCGUUUUACAUGUCGGUAUCCCUUCAAGUCAGUAACCAAUCAUAUUAAAUGGCUUAGGGCGGAGCUAAAAAUUACCAAGUUCAAUUUGAGUCUGGACGUAAAACUUGUGUAAAUUAUACAAUUGUAAAAUUCGAACCUAUAAUUCAAAUAAAUCCCAUAAUUACCAGGACAUUUAUUCCCUUGAUGAGUGUAUAUACGCUAAAUUCUGCCGUAUAAGCCGCUCAUUUUUUCUUACACUUUGUAGUGGUGCGGCUAAUAUGGCUAAAUUCUAAUUCACUAAUUGUUUUCAAACUGUGCCGCUCCUGAGUCAGUGAGGAAAGCUUCAUGAGCAUGUAUAUCGAGCUUGCCAACCCAUUGGAAAUCACAGAACAAUAUAACACUCACGGUGUCAUUAAAUUCGUCACACGGGAACUUAACACUCUGAGAAAAUAUACAGACACAUACCAAUACAAGUUUAAAACUCGUUUAGAGUUAUCUCAUAAUGCAUUUCAUUUGAACAACACAUUCAUUGGGGUACUGCAUUGACGUCAGCCUCCCUCUGGUAGGCUGAUAUAGCAUUGCCGCACCAACCAUCCAUUUUCUAUGCUGAUUUGAUAUUGUUUUGGUACAUGUUUGGAUAUAUAUAUAUAUAUCUCGGGUAUACCUUUUUGAGUAUUAAGUUGCUGUGUGAUGAGUUUAGUGUUAUUUGUAAGAUGACACAGCGAGUCAGCCUGUUGUAUUGAGUACUGACUUCCUGCAACAAGCUAGUCGUGUCGUGUCAUUAAAUUCGUCACACAGAAGUUUAACACGCCAUAGGUAUACCUGAGAAAAUAUACAAACACAUACCAAUACAAGUUUAAAAAUGGGGAGGGGGGGAAACAACUCUUUUAGAGUUAUCCCAUGAUGCAUUGCAUUUGAACUACACAUUCAUUGGGGUACUGCAUUGACGUCAGCCUCCCUCUGGUAGGCUGAUAUAGCAUUGCCGCACCAACCAUCCAUUUUCUAAACUGAUUUGAACUUGUGAUUGGAACAUGUUUGUGUAUAUAUACGUGUAUAUAUAUAUCUCAGGUAUACCUUUUGGAGUGUUAAGUUGCUGUGUGAUGAGUUUAGUGUUAUUUGUAAGAUGACACGGCGAGUCAGCCUGUUGUAUUGAGUACUGACUUCUGGCAACAAGCUAGUCGUGAGUUGAUGAUUGGCUCUUUGUAAAGAGCCGCCAUGUCCUUACUCGUGCACGCCCUAAUAUGCCAAUUUAUAACACGGGCAUGUGUCACUUAUGUAAAAAAAAAUUAAAAAUUCCCGAAAUUUAGUCGGUCCAGCUUAUAUACUCGAAUUUUACGGUACAUUUCUGACCAGAAGAGAUAUUGUUAUAGGUUCUAUUUAAAUCCUUAUAAUUUUCUGCAAAAGUAUAUUUAUACUUUGUGGAAUUUUCUAAAUGUUUGUCAAUAUUGGCCGCACCUGAUCGAAGCUUAAAGUAGUGUAGUAGUGCCAUAUCCUCAUGGAACAUUCUUCCAGCUAUCACAGGCAACUGUUGAACAAGUUCAGUCACUGGGUCCCGCCCAACCGUGUUACUAAGUGAUGACAUAAUACGCUAAGUGAUGACGAUCAGGUCUGCGUGUGCCGCUUCUUCGGCUCCGUCGUUCUCUUCAGGCCUGGCCUCGUGUCCUUCUUCCCAGUUUGCGUCGCUGAGCCCGGCGGGGGCUGACAGAGAGUGCGGCGUCUGGGUACUCCCCAUGCCUUCGUACCGGCCCUUGGGUGACACCGGAUUGGAUGCUGCCUCUGCGAUGGCGUCUUGAGAGGCCGACGAGGAGAGGAGGCCCGAGCUCUCGCCGUCGCUCUGCGCCUCACCAAAGUACGACUUCCUGGGGCGACCCAUGACUGUCCUGCCUGUAAAAAAAAAAGCAUAUAUUGAAACAAAAAUUCCAUGAGACAUUCCAUAAGUUCCAUUAGUAAAAGAGCCACUGACCAACAUUCCGGACUUGUUCCGAGAUGUCGGCCCUGACGUCGGAGAUGUCCCACAUGGCCAUGAAGGAGUCGAAGCACGAGCCCUCCUCAGCCUCCUGGAUGUAAGGCUUGUACGUGAAGCUGAAGUGGUGCGCGAUGGCCGCCAGGAACAUCUCCACGCAUAUGACGAAAUCCUGAAGGGGUUUGGGGAGGAGAACCGAUGACGUUUGACGACUGAGGCUUUGAGCUUUGUUGCAAAAAUAUGGAAAUCGAGCUUCAUCUGCUCCCGCUUGGCGACAAUUGCAGCGGAAAGUGCACCUUUAUCCAGAUCUGCACCAUAAUGUUUUGGUAGUUGUAGAAAUUUUGACUUUUUACCUGUAGUCCCGUAGCCACCGCCUCCACGCUUUGCCAGUCCCAUGUGCGUUUUUCCGAAAUGAUGCCCACUUUGACCAGUAAAGCAAUUAGCACGGCUUGCCUGCACAACAAAUGACAAGACACAAUUUUUAUAUAUUACUCUCAAUCAUAACGUUUAUGUUUUAAAACUAAAACCAUUUACCAAAAUGAGACAAAGACCACCAUUUUGACACACAGAAAUUUUCCCACUGGUUGGAUGGGACUCAGCUCCUCUCGCAGAGCCCGGUAGAACAGCACCAGGCAGUACAUGGCAAACUAGAUGCAAAGAAGACAAACGUAUUAGAAUACAAAAUGGUCACUCAGUGUGACGCACGGCGACAACCGCAACAUUAAACAUGCUGUGUUCAAUGAUCAACCUACCAGCUGUGACAUGUUGUUGAAAAUAACCAGGUACGUCCAAGCGUUAGUUGAGCUAAAGUUGCCUUCGUCGUACACGUUGCAUAGCUGACAGAUCCUACAAAAAGGACAGGAAGUCGAUAUGACUGAUAGUGAGGUGUACCUGAAAAGCAUUUUGUCAAGGGACAAUAUUACAGAAAUGAAACUUACAUAUACCGUAUUUUCUGGACUAUAAGUCGCUCCAGAGUAUAAGUCACACAAGGCCAAAAAUGCAUAAUUAGGUAGAAAAAAAACAUACAUAAGUCGAACUGGAGUAUAAGUCGCACAAGGCCAAAAAUGCACAAUUGGGUAGAAAAAAACAUACAUAAGUCGCACUGGGGUAUAACUCGCACAAGGCCAAAAAUGUAUAAAUUAGGUAGAAAAAAACAUACAUAAGUCGCACAAGGCCAAAAAUGCACAAUUGGGUCGAAAAAGACAUACAUAAGUCACACUGGAGUAUAAGUCGCACAAGGCCAAAAAUGCAUAAUUAGGUAGAAAAAAACCAUACAUAAGUCACGCUGGAGUAUAAGUCGCACAAGGCCAAAAAUGCACAAUUAGGUAAAAGAAAAACAUACAUAAGUCGCACUGGAGUAUAAGUCGCACAAGGCCAAAAAUGCAUAAUUAGGUAGAAAAAAACAUACAUAAGUCGCACUGGAGUAUAAGUCGCACAAGGCCAAAAAUACAUAAUUAGGUAGAAAAAACAUACAUAAGUCGUACUGGAGUAUAAGUCGCACAAGGCCAAAAAUGCAUAACUAAGUAGAAAAAAACAUACAUAAGUCACACUGGAGUAAAAGUUGCACAAGGUCAAAAAUGCAUAAUUAGGUAGAAAAAAACAUACAUAAGUCGCACUGGAGUAUAAGUCGCACAAGGCCAAAAAUGCAUCAUUAAGAAGAAAACCCAACUCCAUGUGUCAUAAUACUAGAAUAUUCAGACAGGACUCGGUCUCAAAGUACUUUUGUUAAUUAAAACACACAAAAAAGGUAUUUGGCCAAAAAGAAUUAGUUAGCAUGUUCAUAAAAAUCCGGAGUACAAUACAGGCUCCAUCUUACCCCUGCAACCUUAAUGAGGAGAAGCGGUAUAGAAAAUGGAUGGAUAGUACAAUACAUAUAUCGUGUACUAAAAUGCCUAAUGAAAUGUGAGGAAUGUACUCACACUUGUCAGAUACUUAAGAAGACUGAAGUACUUACAGAGCAAUGAUAGUCGUGACGGGUCUAACUACGGUGUACUGCAGUACUCCCAGCUUGCACCUUAAAAGUAAAACCCUUUCAAGGAGAAUAGAAAUGAAUAACAAAGAUGGCGCUAACACAAUCACGCAUGUGUUGCAGUUGAACGUCUACUCACUCUCCCAUAGGCCAGGGCGGGCAGCAGCAGAGAGGAGGAAGGUGCUUCUGCUGCUCCUGGACCUCCAGCAUCAUCACCAGGCUGGGGUAUUGAUUCUCCAGGUAGUUGAGCAGGAAGGUCAUGAAGUUGUAGAUGACGUAGGCCUCGUAGCAUUCUCUGCACGUGUCCACAUAAAUGGCAAUGCUCGGAUAUUUUAGCGCGAUCCACUACAACGUAUAAAAAAUAUGUAAAUACAUGACAAUUUUUUUUAUUUAAAAUGAAAGUAAAAUAACAAUAAGCUUACACUGUCCAAGCUGUAGAUUGGCACCAUCCAUAAUAUCCUAGGAAGAAAGUACCACAUCACAGCAAAUUAGUAACAGUAAUUUCUGAUUAAUAAUGAACUUAUGCUUGUUCAAGUGUUUACCUAAUGAUGGGUUUCUGAAGCUCAGGUUGCGUGUAGUGAACCAGAUGCUGGAGGAUACCCCAUAAUGAUAUGGGGAUGGUCAUAAAGACGAAUAUCCCAGCAAUGAACCAGGCUUUGUUAUGAGUACCAACCUGUCAUAUAAAAAAACACUUAAAUAUGGUAAUGGUUUUAUUUCAUUUGAACAUGCAUCAGGUUGCAAUUGAAUGCAUCACAUAAUCAGUUCACAGUUCCACAUGUCCAAAAGGAGUAGGAAGAACCAAAGCUUAUUAAAUCCUACCCCUCCAUCUGGUACUUUUACAAUCAGUAACUGUUACAUUUGUUCACUUCCUGCUUUCCUAAUAUAAUGUAAGUGUUUUUAUUUGUUA